AUGAGUCUGAUGAGAGCGCUUCACGUGGUCAAGCGUCGGCUGUGGCUGCAGACGGUGCGGCGCCACUACGUUGCCAUAGUACUCGAGUUUCUGUGCGUGGCCGCAAUGUCCAGGUUGUUACUUCCCCCUUACAAACCUGACAUGAACGGGUAUGACCUGAGUGCGCGACCAGAAGCCAUAGUUUACGGCGCCUUCGAAGCGAAGAAGCAGAUUGUGGACGUUCGCGCUGUGGUGUACAAGCCUCAGAAUUCUGAGGCGGACGAUCUUAUUAAGAAAUCCUUCGCCCAAGAUAAUCGUGGAUGGGAACCAAAGGUGACGGCCUUGAUGAAGGGGCCCGAGGUGGAGUCCAAGUGCCGAGCGGAGUGGACCAAGUACGGCACGCACGACUUUAUGCUGGCGGAGCAGGCGAGGAUCGACUCUAACUUCCUGGAAAAGGCCAAGGGUUCGCAAGACGACCAGCAGCGGCUCAAUGGUUUACCAUUGUCGGCGUUCUGGUUGGGCCACUUCCUCGCGGCUUUCAUAAUCCAGAUGUUCGAGAGCCUCAUCAUCGUCGCGACUAUGUAUAUCGUGGGAAACCACAGUUAUUUUAAGGACACCUACUACCGACAUACUGACGUCAGCCUGGUCUUAUUCGUGAUGAUUCUCUUCAAUACUGGGCACAUACUGCUGGCCAUGAUUGUCGCUGCUGUAUGCAAAGCGGGAAACAGAGCCACCUUUGGUGCUGUAUUCGUGGCCUUCUUCGUUCCGCUGUUCGUAUUCCCGGAAGAGCCACCAUCGCUCAGCGGCUUGGUGUUUCAAGAUCGCUGGACCAAGCUGAAAUGUGCCAUUGCCCCACAAUAUGGAUGCUCUAUAUUGCUGAGGACCCUUGCAAUCUUUGACGACUACGAGGACGGAGCCGGCUGGGGAAGCAUAUUCAAGCAUGCACUGAACUACGACAGCGUGUUCGAGUUAUUCGCCGUCAUGAUGCUCACCUGCCUUGUCGAAGUGUUUCUGUUGUUCUACCUCAGCAAUGUUUUGCCGUGGGCCACGGCUUAUCCGCAGUCCCCGCUUUUCAUCUUCAUGCCCAGCUACUGGAUGCCCGCUAAAGGGCAUCCGAACGCCGAGGAUUCUGCGCAGAAGCAAGACCCGGAACGUUUUGAAGCCCCGCCGCACCUUGCGGCGGCUGUAGACAUCCGCGGCUUGACUGUGAAGUUUGGCUCCUUCACCGCACUUGACAAAGUCAGCUUCAAGAUCUACUCAACCGAAGUGACUGCGCUGCUUGGCCACAAUGGUGCUGGAAAGACAACCCUGAUGAGCACCAUCACAGGCCUGCUGAAACCUACGUCGGGCGUCGUCGAAUUUCUCGGGGGCGAAGGUGACGCCCACUCUAAUUCUACCGGUUUCUGUCAACAAUUCGACGUUGUCUUUCCCGACCUCACUGUCAGGGAGCAUCUCGUAUAUUUCGGUCAGUUGCGGUGCGUGGACGGUAAGGAGCUGAACAAGAGUAUAGACGAAACUCUGGAGGCCGUGAAGCUCACCGACAAGGCAGACUCGUUCCCUCCUCAGCUGUCUGGUGGCAUGAAGCGACGGCUCAGCAUGUCCAUCGCGCUGGUUGCCAGACCCAAGGUACACGCAGUCGGCGGUUGUGACAGUGCCGCUAGAGGAUUCUAA